AUGGCGUCUCAGAAGUCUCGAAGUACGAGCUUGAGCACUUUGGCCAUUCUUGCUCUUGGGCUUGCCUUGUGCAUACAAGGAACUCUAGGAUCCAUAGCAUGCGAAAACCUCAACAAAGACUCGUGUGCCUUUGCUGUAUCGUCUUCUGGAAAGCGUUGCGUGCUUGAGAAGCAUGUUCGUCGGACAGGCGAGGAAGUUUAUACUUGCCGAUCAUCGGAGAUCGAGGCGGAUAGGCUGAAGGACUGGAUUGAGACCGAUCAAUGCAUUGAAGCUUGUGGAUUGGAUCGGACAGCGCUCGGAAUCUCCUCCGACUCUCUUCUUGAGUCUCGCUUCGUUCAAAAGCUUUGCUCUUCUAAGUGCUAUGAUAGCUGCCCAAACAUUGUCGAUCUCUACUUCAACCUUGCCGCCGGUGAAGGUGUGUAUCUUCCCAAAUUAUGCCAAGCACAAGGAGAAAUCGAACGUCGUGGAAUGUCCGAGAUCAAAAGCUCUGGAUAUGUCGCACCUGGACCCGAAUCAGGACCGACGAAGCCAGUGAAGUUCACGAUUGCUCCAGCAAUGGCUCCUUAUAGAAUUUAA